GGCUUUAAUGCGCGUCUCUUUUCCCCAAACCCCCCAUUAAAACACGUUCAACAAUGGCGCAUUCUGAAACCCUCAUCCUCAUCUCCCUUACCUACACUCGCAUCAACCAUUUCCACUUCAACUUCAAUUCAUCCGUCUAAUCGCUCAUAUCUCCACUCAAUUUCAUCAUCAAUCAUCAACCAUAAAGAAACAAGUGUUCAAUUCAAUACUUGAACGGCUCAAUCUCAGUUUUCCACGGUGAACAGUUUUGGAUUCCGAUUCGAGGUUAUUAUUAGGGACGAAUAAGCAAAAUGGCAUCGUCUUUGGCUAAGUCGAAUAAAGGUUAUAGGAAGUCAGAAUCAAGAAAUAAACAUUCAUGGUGGUGGGAUAGCCACAUCAGUCCCAAAAACUCCAAAUGGCUAGCCGAAAAUGUCGAAGAAAUGGACCAAAGCGUCAAACGUAUGCUAAAACUCAUCGAAGAAGAAGGCGAUUCGUUCGCCAAAAAAGCCGAAAUGUAUUACCAGAAACGACCAGAACUCGUAUCGCACGUUGAAGAGUUUUACAGAAUGUAUCGGUCGUUAGCCGAACGGUACGAUAAUGUCACUGGCGAGUUGAGAAAAAACAUCCCCUCGGAUCUCCAAUCGCAAGGCUCGGGGAUUUCAGAUGUCGGGUCUGAACCACCUGUGAAUUAUUCUAACCCGCAGGCCCGGACGGGUACCCGGGCUGCGGGUUUUGAUGUUUUUCUGAAAAGCAGAGGGAGUAGUUCGGAUUUGGGAACCAAAGAGGGUGACGAAACGUCUACGUUGGAUUCGGAGUCGGAAUCGGACGAUUCGUCGGUUAAUAACUACUCGAGUGUGUCGACGAACAGUGAUCAUAAAGGGUUGCGUAAGAGAAUUGCGGAGUUGGAAAGUGAGCUUCGGAUGUUUCAGAUGCAACAAGAAAACAAGAUCAAGAACGAUGACAUUGUCGAAGAAUUACGCGUUCGAAAUGAGAAACUGGAAACCGAGCUACGAAAGUAUGAGUCGAUGACACCGCGGUCUGAUGACGUUAAAGAGGAAAGAAUCCGGGCUCUCGAAGUUGAUCUGAAAACGAUGAGGGAUAAGGUUAAUGAUUCGGAGGAUGAAGUGAAAAGAUUACGAUAUGAACUCGAGAACAACGGGCCUUCGAGUAAUCAUUUACAAGAAAAAGUUGUGGCGGCACAGAAGGAAAUCACGAGCUGGAAAUCGAAACUCGAGAAAGAAAAACGAGAAGUGUUGAAGCUUCAAGAUCGAAUCUCGAGAUACAAAACAAAUUUAUCGGAACGUGAUCGGGAAAUCCGUGCGAUGAGAGAAACAUUAUCGAAUGCGAACAAAACAUUAUCGGAAGAGAAUAUGCAGCUUCAAGAACAAGUUACAAAGCUUUUAAAAGAACGUGUGCUUUUAGACGAUACGUUAAAAGAAUGGGAACUGCGGUGUCAAAAUUCGGAUGAGGAACUCAGAAGGAUGAAGAUCGUAAAAGUCGAAAUGGAAGGUGAGAUCGAGAAGCUGAAGUUCGAGAAAAACGAGCUUUUGGUCAAAGUCAACGAGCUCGACCAAGAGUUGACUUCGAAAGACCGUCGAAUCGAUAGCUUAAGCGAGCAUCUGGACCAAUUACAUUUAGAACAUGUAGAGUUAGUUGACCGGAUUUCAAAGUCAAACAAGUCAAUAGAUGAGUUGACUUCUAGAAGCGAAGAACUCGAGAAAGAAAUAUCGAGGCAACGGGAAGUGAUUAAAGAAGGAGCGGAGGAGAAACGUGAAGUGAUACGACAACUGUGUUUUUCACUCGAGCAUUAUAGAGAUGGUUAUCAAAUGAUGAGACAAGCUUUCCUGGGUCAUAAUAAACGACACCCGGUGAUGGCAUCUUAGGAUUAAACGAGUCGGUGCAAGAUGAUCAUCGGGUUUUAAUAAUCAUCUGGUGGUGGUCUUUUCUUGGGUUUUGCUUCUGUUGGUAUUGUUUUGAGUGUGUGUGUAAGUAAAGGCUUGAAUGUGUUGAUAGAUUUGUGGUCUGUCAAUGUUUAAUCUUUAAUAUAUGCUUUUGUUUUGUCGAUCAUGUCUAUGGUAAGUUCCCGGUCGGUUUGAUCUAUGGGCUGCUGGUUUUGUUUUAUUGGUUAUUGUUGUUAUUAUAAACACGUUUUGGUUUACGGUUUAUACUAAAAACUGUUUUAUGAUCUGUAAA